AUGGCUCCCAUCAUUGAAUACAUGAAGAAGAAUGGGUUUGAAUGGUCCACAACAGCCUCUAAAGCAUUUAAGGAGAUUAAAAAGAGGUUAUGUGAAACCCCCAUCUUAGCCUUACCUGACUUUGAUAAAGUAUUUGAAAUAGAGUGUGAUGGGAAACAGGUAAUGUCCGUAUUGGAUUUUGCAGCAGAAGUCAUAUCAAGAAGUAUCAAGAUCUUAGCAGUUACAGGAACUAUUGGAAAAUCAACUGUUGUCACCUUUGUUGGGCAGAUGCUUAAUCAUCGUGGCAUUGAGGCAUUUGUGGGGGGCAACCUCUUAAAACCUCUUUCCGAGGCUGCUUUGCAAUGCUUCACAUUGCCUUCUUCAAAACCCAGGUUUCAGGUGGUGGUGGGGGUUAGCAGUUAUCAAAUUGAAAUUCCCAACAAGUAUUUCUGCCCUUCCGUUAGUGUGAUAUUAAACCUAACCCCUGAUCAUCUAGAAAGGCACAAGACAAUGAGGAAUUAUGCACUGACUAAGUGCCGUUUACUUUCUCACAUGACAAACACCAAGUUGGGACUUCUUCCUUUGGGAAACCAACACUUAAAUGAAGCGAUUAAUGGACAUGAAUUUAAUCUUGCUUGGGUAGGAGCCUUCCCUGGUGUGAAAACAGUGCACAAGGAUAUCCAUGGAGUGACAUGGGUAGAUGACAGCAAGGCAACAAAUGUUGAGGCAGCAUAUGUCUUGUCUGGACAAGACUCCAAUGGUUUUGAACAAUUGGUGGAACCACUGAAUAACCAUAGACGUGUAAUUACAUGCGGAUCUUCAGGACCGAUGAUUCACAAGACACUGCUUGAUAAUGGUCUUAGCAUACCCUGGAUUGGAGUUGCAAAUCUGGAGGAUGUUGCUGCGGCACAGAGGGAUGGCUUUUCAGGACCUGGCCUUCUCAUCCUGAUUUUGGGAUCCCACAAUGUUGCAAUUGGGCAAUGUCUUGGGCUCGCCUGUGAGGGGCUAUGA